AUGGAUCAGUCAAUCCUCAGAAUGACAUGCGUCUUGGUGGUGAUCUGUCUCUUGGAUAAAAGGGUAGACUCCAAUGAAAUCUUGGGCCUGAAACUCCCCAACAUCGACCCAAUCUUGAAUGCCAACACUGUGUGUUUGACACUGCCGGGGUUGACACGGCGCCAGUUGGAGGUGUGCAUGCGGAACCCAGACGUGACGGCUUCAGCAAUUCAGGGAAUCCAGAUUGCCAUCCACGAGUGCCAGCACCAAUUCCGAGGGCACCGCUGGAACUGCUCCAGCCUGGAGACUAGGAACAAAAUACCCUACGACAGCAUAGUCUUCAAGAGAGGUUUUAGAGAGAGUGCCUUUGCGUAUGCAAUUGCAGCAGCAGGCGUGGUGCACGCGGUGGCCAACGCCUGCUCCAUGGGCAAACUGAAGGCGUGCGGCUGUGACGAGAAGCGACGUGGCGACGAGGAGGCCUUUCGCAUCAAAUUGCAUCGCUUGCAACUGGAGGCCAUCCACCGGGGGAAGGGCAUGGUACAUGGCGUCAUGGAACACUUCCCCGCUGACCUGCCAGGACCCCAAGACUCCUGGGAAUGGGGCGGCUGCAGCCCUGAUGUGGAAUUCGGAGAGAAGUUCUCUCGGGACUUCCUGGAUGCCCGUGAGACCUACAAGGACAUCCAUGCCCGUAUGAGGCUGCAUAAUAAUAGAGUUGGCAGACAGGUGGUGCUCGACCACAUGAGGAGGAAAUGCAAGUGCCACGGGACAUCAGGGAGCUGCCAGCUAAAGACCUGCUGGCAGGUCACCCCUGAAUUCCGGGUGGUCGGCUCAAUCCUCAAAGAACGCUUCCACAUCGCCACGCUCAUCAAGGCUCAUAAUCGGAACACCGGACAACUAGACCACUCUCACCACAACAACCACAACAACCACCAUAACCAUCACAACCACCACCACCAUCACCACCAUCAGAACAACCACCACAAUCACCACCAUCACACGCAUCGGCGGCGGCCAAGCAUCAACGAACUCGUCUACUUUGAAAAGUCGCCAGAUUUCUGUGAGCGGGACCUGGGCUCGGACUCAGCAGGCACGCAGGGCCGGAUCUGCAACAAGACCAGCCCCGGCAUGGACAACUGUGAAAGUCUGUGCUGUGGGAGAGGCCAUAACAUCCUACAGCAGACACGGAGCGAACGCUGCAACUGCAAGUUUCACUGGUGCUGCUACGUGGUCUGUGAAGAGUGCAGGAUAACAGAGUGGGUCAGUGUCUGUAAAUGA